CUGGAGGUUUUCCACAAAGGCUCAUGGGGAACAGUGUGUGAUGACUCCUGGGAUAUGAAGGAUGCCCAGGUGGUGUGCAGACAGCUCCAGUGUGGAGAGGCCCUCAGUGGGGCGGUUCCAGCCUGGUUUGGUCCUGGAACUGGACCCAUUUGGCUGGAUAAGGUGGAGUGCCUGGGGAACGAGACGUCCCUGUGGAGCUGUCCAUCAGAGGGAUGGGGCCGACAUGACUGUGGACACAAGGAGGACGUGGGAGUGCUGUGUUCAGAGUUUAAAGAGAUCAGACUGACUGAAGGCUGCUCUGGGAACCUGGAGGUUUUUUACAAUGGAACCUGGGGUAAUAUCUGCUAUAACCAGAUGGACUCAGACACAGUGUCUUUAAUCUGCCAAGAGCUGAACUGUGGAAAGAGUGGCAGUGUGGACUGGAGCAGACCAAGACUGGCUUCAGCUCCAAACUGGCUUGAUUUUCUGAAGUGUCGCAAACACGACAUCAGUCUGUGGAACUGUCCGUCUUUACCCUGGGGUCAGAAUGACUGCAGUCAUGAUGAACUGGCAAAUAUAACCUGUUCAGCCCUGUCUAAGAGGAAACACAUCACUCUGCCUGAUGCCAUCUAUGAGGAGAUUGACCACAGAGUCCUCACUAAGAGAGGCAGUAACACUGUUCAGAGAGUGUACCGCUCUGCUUUAACAGGUCGUGCUCUCUCAGAGGGACAGAACUCUGGCUAUGAGGAUGUGGGGGAAGAAGAGCUCCUCUCAGAAAUACACCUGCGUGGAGGCUGA